AUGGGGUCGUCUUCGACUUCGAUCUCUGAUCUCCAGCCGAACUCCAACUCCGACCGAUUGCCGGAAUCGAAGCAAAAAAGGCGAAGAAGAAUCGCAACUGACAAUGAAAUCCAAGAUGUCCAAAUCAAUCAAACACAAUGGAAAUCCCCGUUCGAACAACAGAUCUACUCAACCAAGCUCAUCGAAGCCCUCCGUCGAGUCCGCCGGAACCCAAACUCUCCGGCCUUUUCUCCCUUCACGACUCGCGCCGUCCGAGAGACAGCCAACCAAGUGCUCGCCGUUACUGCCAAAGGAAGAACUCGCUGGAGCAGAGCCAUUAUAACCGCUCGGCUCCGAUUCAAACUCAAUCAAAAAAGUAAAAAUCACAAGAAAUUAGGCAAGCUGGCCGGCGAUGUCUGGUCGAAGAAACGGUUGGUCAAGAAGAGGCUACCGCCGUUACAGCGAAAGGUCAAGGUUCUCCGCCGGUUAAUUCCCGGCUGCCGGAAACUCUCGUUCCCGAUUCUUCUAGAAGAAGCCACCGAUUAUAUAGCCGCUUUAGAGAUGCAAGUCCGAGCCAUGACCACUCUCGCGGGACUCCGCACUGGCUCAGCCGCCGGGUCUUUAGCCGCCCCUUCCGUUCAGCUCGGCUCCAAUCUCUGUUAG